UCAUGUUUGGUCAAGUCGAUGCCUUGCUCGUAUAUUGGAGUUGUGCUCGCCACUUACCCUUGUGCAAUCUGAUGUUAUUUCGUUCCAGGUGUAGAAUUGUGGCAAAGUGGUGAUGCUGAAAAAGGGGGAGUGGGUUUGGCUGGACUCUGACAUCGGGGUGCCCAUAGGAGCCAGGGUCAAAGUAACGCCGAGUGGUCAGCGUUUGUUGGUGGAUGAUGUGGGAAAGGAGCACAGACUGGCCCCGGAGGCGGAGGCCUCCCUCAAGAUCAUGCACCCCACGUCCGUGGAGGGGGUGGACGACAUGAUCAAGCUGGGGGACAUGACGGAGGCCGGCCUGCUGCGAAACCUGCUGCUGCGCCACAAGAAAGGAAUCAUUUAUACUUACACGGGCUCCGUGCUGGUGGCAGUGAACCCGUACCAAUUUUUCCCCAUAUAUUCAGACGACCAGAUACGACUGUACCGUGGUAAAAAGCUCGGGGAACUCCCGCCGCAUAUCUUUGCGAUCGCCGAGUCCUGCUACUUCAACAUGAAACGCCAUCGCGGGAACCAGUGCUGCAUCAUCAGUGGAGAGUCUGGAGCAGGAAAGACCGAGGGCACCAAGCUGAUUUUACAAUACUUGGCGGCGGUCAGCGGUGAACUCUCUCAACGGCAGAUUGAACAGCAGAUCCUGGAGUCCAACCCCAUAUUGGAAGCUUUUGGAAACGCCAAGACCAUCAGAAACGACAACUCCAGUCGCUUUGGGAAAUAUUUGGAGAUCUUCUUCAACGAGGGCGGCGUGAUCGAAGGGGCCCGGGUGGAGCAGUACUUGCUGGAGAAGUCUCGGGUCUGCCAUCAGGCCCAGCAGGAGCGGAACUACCAUGUGUUCUACUGCAUGCUGGCAGGAACCACAGCCGAGGAGAGGAAACGUCUGCAUCUUGGCCACGCAAAGGAGUACAAAUUCCUUACCGGGGGGGACUGCAUCACAUGUGCAGGAAGGAGCGACGCGGAGGACUUCGGUUGUAUUCGGGCUGCCAUGAACAUUUUGACAUUCUCAGACGAGCAGUGCUUCGAGAUUUUCAAGCUCCUCGCAGCUAUAUUGCACCUGGGCAAUGUCGCCUUUGAAGCCAACACACAACAGAACAUGGACACCAGCGAUGUCAGCAAGUCGGAACAUUUCAGCACGGCCUCAUCACUGCUAGAGGUUGAGACGUCUUCUCUGGCCAACAGUCUGACCCACCGCUCCUUGAGGACCAACAGAGAGAGGGUGACCAAACCCCUGGACUGUGACCAAGCCUCGGCAAGCAGAGACGCAUUCGUCAAGGCGAUCUACAAUAAACUCUUCAUUUGGAUCGUCGGGAAGAUCAACAGUGUUACCUACAAGAAACUCGCCGACAACCCCAAGUCUUCGUAUCUGUCCAUCGGCUUGCUUGACAUAUUCGGCUUUGAGAACUUCCAAACAAACAGUUUCGAGCAGUUGUGCAUCAACUUCGCCAAUGAGAAGCUGCAGCAGUUCUUCGUGGGACACAUUUUCAAGCUGGAGCAGAAGGAGUAUCUGAAAGAAGACAUCGUGUGGAAGAACAUCAACUUUGGUGACAAUGUGAAGAUCCUGGACCUUCUGGCCGGGAAGCCAUGUAACCUGCUGGCUCUGAUCGACGAGGAAAGCCAUUUCCCGAAGGGCUCCGAUGUCACAAUGCUCAGCAAGAUGAAUCAGCAGCACCACGGAGACAAAACCUUCAUCGCCUCCAAGAGCGAACACGACACGGACUUUGGGAUUCGCCAUUUUGCAGGCAGCGUUUAUUACGACUCCAAAGGCUUCCUUGAGAAGAACCGAGAUGCUGUAAGCGCCGACAUAUUCAAGACGGUGGAGAUAUCCACCAACAAGCUGCUUCGGCAGAUCUUUGCGUCCGAGCUGUCAACCAAUGGGGUGAAGACGACUACAAACAAGAAGAUCAUCAUGAAAGCCAGGAACUCCAUGCCGUCCCCGGCCGACAACCGCAAGCAAGUGCCAACCUUGAGCGGUCAGUUCCGUCAGUCCCUGGACGCCCUCAUGAAGGCUCUGUCGGCCUGCCAGCCCUACUUCAUCCGCUGCUUCAAGCCCAACAACGACAAGCAGUCUGAGAACUUUGACCGGGAGCUCUGUAUGCGCCAGCUGCGAUACUCCGGCAUGAUGGACACCAUCCGCAUCAGGAAGCUGGGCUAUCCCAUCCGCCACACCUUUGAGGAAUUCCUCACCCGCUACAGGGUGCUCCUGAAGAUGUCCGACUGCGACCCCAAAACUAACACAGCUGCUGCCUGUUGUGACGCCAUCUGCCAGAGAGCAAUUAUAGCAUCCGACCAGUGGAAGAUUGGAAAAACCAAGAUUUUCCUGAAGGAUGCCCAAGACUCCACUUUGGAACGCAUGCGGGAGGAAGAGUUGAGCAAGAAAGCCAUCGUGAUCCAGCGGGUCAUGCUGGCAUACGGACACAGAAAGUCUUUUUUGAAGAAGCGCGGGGCUGCUGUGGUGAUACAGAAAAACUGGAGAGCUUACAGGGAAAUCAAAAUCCAAAGAACGCUCCGGCAAGGAUUUGAACGCCUGGUGUCAAAAGUUCGUGGUCGGUGGCUUCAGUCCCGGUAUCGAGGGAAGCGAGCGGCGGCGCUGAUUUUACAGACUCACGUACGGGGUUACCGGGCCAAGAAGGGCUGGAAGCAGAAGAGAGAGGCAGUCAUUCUACUGCAGGCCUACACCAGAGGAUUCCUGGCUCGAAAAGUAUUUCAUGGAAUGAAGGUUAACUCCUCCGUCCGCCCUCUCGCACUCGUCGAACAGCGCUCGCCGUCCGAAGAGGAGCACGAUGGCGGGAUUGCCUUUGAGCUUCAGCGUCGACUCGAAGAAGUCGUCGCUGAGGCUCCGGAAUCUGACCAGGAGUCUGAGCCAGAGGCCGAGGAGCCGGAGUCUGAGCCAGAGGCCGAGGCGGCGGUGGCGGCGGACGAAGACGACGACGACGUGCCGCCGAAACCUGUUGUGCAAAUUAUAGUACACGAAGCUUUUAACUCGGAGAAAUCUGACACCGCAUCCGAAAUAAGCAUUCCGGCUUCAAGCGUACCAACCCCGACCCCAUCAUUUGGAGAAGAAGAAGAAGAAGAAGAAGAUGGCUUUGAAGACUUCACAGAGGAGUUCUCAUUCUACCAGUUCAGCCUUCUUCACUUCAAAGGUGACGCCAGCCACACCCACAUCGAGCAGAGACUCCGCAAGCCUCUCCUGCAGCACGACGACGAAGCCGACACUUUGGCAUGUCUGACCGUGUGGUGGAUCAUACUGCGCUUCAUGGGGGACCUGCCCGAGCCCAGAUCCCUGGACGCCAUCUCCCAGGUCUCGCUCAGCGUCUCCCGCCACCUGCCGAGCAGACAGGGCCGCAGGCUGAGCAACCUGGUGGGACUCGACCAGAAAAUACUGAGGAAGAACAAGAAAAAGCUUGGGAACCGAAGAGCGUCUGCUAUCCCUGAGGAGCCUGAGGACUUUGAAGAGGAGGAGGGUGUUUUGAUUGGAGAAGGUCCGACGCUAUCCAGGCCGCUUACCUCCCUUGAAAAACUGCACAUUAUUGUUGGAUUUGCUCUAUCCAGACGAGACAUAAGGGAUGAGAUUUACUGUCAGAUCUGCAAGCAGCUGUCAAACAACAAAAACAGAACAAGCUGUUUACAAGGAUGGAGACUGCUGUCCAUCUGUCUGGGGAUCUUCCCCCCGACAGAGCUCUUCAUGAAGUAUUUGGAGAGCUUUGUCCGCAGGGGGCCAAAUGGUUAUGGAGAAUAUUGUAGUAAGCUCCUGCAGCGCAUCCAAGCCAACGGAGAAAGAAAAGAGCUGCCCUGUUGGAUCGAAUUGCAGGCGGUCAAAUCCAAGCAGCCCAUGGAAAUGGCGGUGACUCUGACGGACGGCAGCGUGGUCAACCUGCAGCUGGACUCGGCCUCCACCUCGGCGGAGGUCUGUCAAGCCGCGGCUGACAGGAUUAAUUUGCGGGACACGUACGGCUUCUCCCUCUACAUCAGCUUCUACGAGAAAAUGUGGUCGCUGGGCAGCUGCGGGAGGCACGUGUUGGACGCCGUGUCUCAGUGCGAGCAGGAGAUGAGGCGGCAGGGCAAGGAGGAGAAGGACACGCCCGUGAAACUGGCCAUCCGCAAGGAGCUGUUCACGCCCUGGCACGACUGUUCCAAAGACUCCGUCAGCACCGAUCUCAUCUACAGGCAGAUCACCCAGGGCAUCAAGUCGGGGGAGUACACCAGCGAGAAGGAGGACGAAUAUAUCCAUCUGGCGGCGAAGCACUAUUACAUCCAGUUUGGCUCCGCCUACAGCAAGGAGAACAUGCAGAAGGUGGUGGAGGACUGCAUCGCCACCCAUCUCAUCGAGAACAAGUCCAUGGGAAAGUGGAUCCAGCUCAUCAGCACGGCACACUUACAGGGCCCGUACAGCGACGGCGGCGUCAGCAAAGACGUGGUGAAAGGAGAACUCGUCGACAGCGCUCGAGAGAAAUGGGCGGUCGACUUCUCCAAGUUUUUCGAAGUGACGAUGACGUCUGGACCGCCUUUGCCCAAAAGCAGGUUCAUCGUGGCGGUCAACUGGAGUGGCGUCCUCUUCAUGGACGGGAAAAAAAAGAAGCUUUUGGAGCUGCCUUACCUGGAGGUCCAACAAGUCCAGAAGUUAAGCGACGGCCCCGCCAGUAACCAGUCGAUAAGUAUAUCCACGGUCCGAGGGGAAUUUGUUCUAAAGUGUGGGGAAGCUGAUGACUUGGUUGCAAUUGUGGAGCAAAACCUGAGCGGACUGCGAGCCCGUUCAAUAUUUGCGCUGGCUCAGCAGGAUUCCAAUAAAUCAGAUGACCCCCGCUUCUUGGUGUUUAAGCGAGGCGACCUCCUGAUGAUAGAGAAGGAUCAAAAAUAUUCCUCGGACAAGAACAUGGUCGAGGCGACAAAUCAGAAGACAAACAACGCGGGUGUUGUUGAUAAGGACGCGUUGCAGUUUCUUCCAACUCUGAGUAGACCCACUGAUGAAACGCUGGAACUGCUCAGCCCAGGCCACCGGCUAUCUGCGACACAAAGUGGGCCCCAGAGAGAAGAAACCGUGGCUGCAAUCUCUUUGAGAGAGUUUGCCCUUGAAAAUUUCAGAACUCUCGGAAAAGAGCGGUUGUGGGUGUGUUCCAAAGAACCCAUGAAGCAGCCGCUGCUGAAGAACCUGGUCGGCAACUCCGAGCUCAGCUACCUCGCCUGCAACGCCUUCACUGGUAUCCUGAAGUACAUGGGUGACUACGCCCUCAAGCAGGUCCGCCGUCCGGUAGACUUGACGGACCAGAUCUUUGGCCCAGCGACCCAACACCAAGAUCUGCAGGAUGAGAUCUACUGUCAGAUCAUGAGGCAGAUGACCAGGAACGACAACAGGCUGAGCAUGGAGCGCGGGUGGCAGCUGAUGUGGUUGUGCACGGGCUUGUUCCCGCCCGGUCCGUAUUUGAUGAGGCACACUCGCCGUUUCCUGGAGUCCCGACCCAAGGAACUUUUGGCUCCGGGAUGUCUGCAGAGGCUCCAGGAGAUGUGCAGCAAGGAGCCCAGGAAGUAUCCUCCGCAUCUGGUCGAAGUCGACGCCAUCCAGCAAAACAGCCGGCACAUUUUCCACAAGAUCUACUUCCCCAAUGACACCAAUGACUUAAUCGAAGUGAAGUCGACGACGACAAUCCAAGACCUGUGCAUCAGCAUUGCCACUCAACUCAAAGUGAGCUCGCCCGAAGGCUACGGCCUGUAUCUGAAAACAUCGCAAGGGGUGCUGAGCUUGCAUGAGGAGAAAUAUUUCUUUGACAGUUUGAGGGAGAAUUCCGAAGCCCCUAAGAAAGGGAAAAAAGUGAGAGAAGGCAACAUCAUCAACACGCCCUAUCUGGUGAUUUUUAAGAGGAAGCUGUGGUUCAACGUGUUCCCAGGCAAGGACUGGGUGGCGGACCUUACCUUCCAUUUCCCACAGGAACUGCCCAAGUACCUGCGCGGGUACCACAAAUGCAGCAAGGAGGACAUGAUCAAACUGGGCGGGCUGCUCUUCAGGGUCAAGGUGGACUCGGACCGAAAUCAGUUCCUCAUGAUCCCCAAAAUGCUGACCGAGCUGGUCCCCGCCGACCACGUCCUAAGUAUAUCCCAGGACGAGUGGAAGAAGCACAUCAUUUCUUCCUACAUCAAGCAAAGUGGCAUCACGGUGCAGGAAGCCAAAGUUGCUUUCCUGCAAGCCAUCUCCAGCUGGCCCACCUUCGGCUGCGCCUUCUUUGAAGUGAAACAAACUUGUGAGUCCAAAUACCCAAGAACGGUUUACCUUACUAUCAGCAAGCAAGGUGUGAGUCUCAUACACCCAAAGUCAAAGGAGUUGCUGGUCAUGCAUCAGUUCAGCCGCAUCAGCGAGUGCCACAGUGUGGGCGACUACUUCCAGAUGACGGUCGGCACCCAGGCCAGAGGCAACGUCUUCGUCUGUGAAACCGCACAGGGUCACACAAUGGAGGACCUGGUCAGAUCGUACGUGGCCAUGUACGAGAGGCAGAGGCAGGCCUUCCGAUCAAGAAACCACAUGUUCACUUGAUCUGCGGCGCCCGAACGCCGGCAAGAUAGGAAUAUUUAAUGUUUUUGUUCUCUUAACUGAAAUUUAUACUUUUGAAAAAAUUUAGCUGCUCCUGUAUAGAAUUACCAAGGCCAUAGAUUAUAUAGAACAAUAAAUAUGUAUCCUCACACUU